GAUUUUUCGGGUUGUUGCUGAGAAAGACGAAAUACCCAUCCGCUCUGGGGAGGUGUUCUCGGAACGAAACGUGGUGGCGCACGCGAAGGAAAGUACAACCUUCGUCCGCGGGUUUCGGCAAAUCUGGGAAGCGUCCGUGAAUAUCGCAUCGUGACGCACCAGCCAACAAAGAAGUGAGCAACACCACACCACAACCUUCCUCGUGGAACAAACGCAGCACAACCAUGAAAAUCUGGACAUCAGAACACGUCUUCAACCAUCCCUGGGAAACCGUAGCACAGGCCGCCUGGCGCAAGUACCCCAACCCCAUCAACACAGCCGUCAUCGGAACCGACGUGGUGGAACGAAGGGUCGUCGAUGGUGUCCUGCACACGCACCGGCUGGUCAGCUCCAAAUGGUACUUCCCACAGUGGGCACAAAAGCUUAUAGGCUCGCCGAACGUUUGCUACGCGAGCGAAAAGUCCACCGUCGACCCACGGGAACGAUUGAUGACGCUGAAGACGAUCAACCUCACCUUUGGCAGCUUUCUCUCCGUGUACGAAACGCUCAGCUACGUCCCGCAUCCGACCGAUCCGACGAAGACGCUGCUCAAGCAGGAAGCAACCGUCCAGGUCGAGGGUGUUCCGCUCAACCGGUACAUGGAGGACGUGCUGACGAAGAACAUCAGCACGAACGCCGGCAAAGGGCGCCAGGGGCUGGAAUGGGUGAUCGGGAAGCUGAAUGCUGAGAUGAAAGAACUGGCCAACAGUGCGGCGACCAGCACGAAUGAAAUCCUCACGCAGACGAAGAAAUCGCUCGACGACAUCACGGACCAGGCCCGCAAGAGUAUGGACGAACUCAGCGCCACCGCACAAAAGAUACACAUAUAGUAA